AUGACACAGCAAACACCUGUCCCUCCUCCGGUUUACGGCCAGCCCGUCCCUGCCCCAGCACCGCCGCCUCCUGCCGCCCCGGCUACGACGACUACCCCGGCACCUGCGUCGAAUGCCAUGUCCAAUCACAAUCUCAACCAGAUAGUCACCGAUUAUUUAUUGAAGAGAGGCUUCAACCGCACCGAAGAGGUUUUCCGCACAGAGUCCAAGCAUCUUGGCUCAGAUGGAAAGCCCAUUCAUCAGCCUGCAAUUCUGGGACCUAAGAAGUACGGUAAGGCCUACAGACUUCUAAAGGCCUGGGUGUUCAAUAAUCUUGAAAUCUACAAGUUCGAGUUGUCAAAGCUCCUCUGGCCACUAUUCGUCUACUCCUACAUCGCCCUCGUUGAAGAUGGCUACACCGAGGACGCCAAAAUUUAUCUCAAAGAUAUGGGUCCCCAGUUCCAAGGGGCGCAUGCUGACGACUUGAAGACUUUCGCCACCGUCACGCUACCAGCCCAUACUUCGGAGAAUCCUACCAUAGCGCUCUAUAAGAACAACAAAUACAGGAUCCCGCUUAACCAACAUGCCACCGGGGACCUGUUCAACUUCCUCGAACGCGAGUCCGAUAAUGGCGGCACAGUCAUCCGCCAAAUCCUUGUCAAUCACUGCCAGAUUGACUCGACACAACGAGGCCCUAUUACCCCCUUUAGUUUCGAGGCUGUUUUCCGACGUGCCAAGAACAUGGAUGUGGACGAUAUUGAUACCAAGGAAGGUGUACCGGGCAUUAAGCUGGGGCUCUCAAAUAAGGAUGUUCUUGAUCCCGCAGCUCCCCUCCAACUGGGGCCACUCCCCAUGGAACCUGAACUGCGUGAUGACGUACGCGCCGAACUUGAAGAUGAAGAGAAACGCAACCCAUCGGCGCCGGGUACCUCGACGCUUCUGGAAGUGUUCGACCAAAAGAUCAAGCGUGAGGAUAGUGAUGAUGCUCCAAACCGAGCUGAUCUUCCCCUACCCCCAUCCAGGCCGCGAGACAUUAUGCUGGAGAUGCAGAGGCUCCGCGAAAACAGAGAUCGCUUCAAGAUCGAGGGACGGACCGGAGGCGUUGGAAUCGCCGUCAGCGCCUGCAUGUUCACAUUUCACAAUACACUGGGCAGCGUUGCUUGCAUGGACUUCUCUGAUGAUGGGCAACUCGUUGCGGCCGGCACUUCUGAGUCGUACAUCAGAGUUUGGUCGUUGGAUGGCAAGGCCCUAUCAUCUAUGAAUGCUCACGAGAGGGACUCCAAGUUCAACAGCAGAAAGCUGAUUGGUCACUCAGGGCCUGUGUACGACGUGUCAUUCUCUGACUCGGCCGCGGGCGCGCCUCAGCGACUGUUUGGAGACGAGGCCCAGCCGGGCGCCAAGAUCGACACCAAGGCCAAAAUGCUGCUGUCCUGCUCUGCCGACGGUCAGAUUAGACUGUGGUCCCUUGAAUCAUGGUCCUGUCUUGCUGUGUACAGGUCUCAUGAUGGCCCAGUAUACCGAACACAAUGGGGUCCUCAUGGACACUACUUCCUGAGCGCUGGCUACGACAGAGCUGUCCGCCUAUGGAUGCAGGACCAUGCUUCGCCACAGCGCCUGCUUGUUGGGCACGACACGUCGCUUUCUGCCAUUGCCUGGCAUCCCAACGGCUUGUACGCAUUUUCCGCAUCCGACGAAACCGACAAGUCCAUUCGCAUGUGGUCCGUUGUCACCGGCAGCUGCGUGCGAGUGUUCUCUGGUCACAUGGACUACAUCAGCGCCCUGGAAUGCGCACCAAAUGGAAAACUCCUUGCUAGCGCUGACAUUGCUGGCAACAUUUUCUUUUGGGAUAUUUCUAAGGGAACACGUAUCAAACGCUCCCGGGGCCACGGCAAGGGUGGUAUCUGGUCUCUGAGCUUUAGUGUCGAGUCCACUGUGCUGGCUUCUGGUGGACAGGACGGCACGGUCCGAUUGUGGGAUGUAGAAUCUCCCGCCGAUCCCCAAAAAGCUGCACAACACGCCGGUCUAGAUGCCGGUGCGCUUGCAGGUGCUGAUGCCCUCAGCGCCGGUGCACAAGAUGCUUCUCGGUCUACGGGUGCCACAGCUCAGCAAGGUGCGGCCUCGGCCAACGCAGCAAGCGGCUCUAAGAAGAAGAGCAAGGAGGUCAUGAUCACGCCGGACCAAAUCAGCGCGUUCCCUACCAAGAAGACACCAAUCACAAAGGUGAAGUUUACGAGGAUGAAUUUGGUGGUCGUUGGGGGUUGCUUUGAGCCCGAACGAUAG